AUGCACGGAUGGUCGAAUAUCCAGCUCGAUUUGGACACCAAGGAUGCCAUCGCCCAGUUGAUUUACCAGGCAACAGGGACUAUUUCGUCCCAUAUCCGGUCUGGAAUCCUCGCAACUGUCAAAGUCGGCGGUGCUCUACUCUACGGCCCCCCAGGGACAGGCAAGACUCAUCUAGCAAGAGUGCUGGCCCACGAGCACGAGCUGGUCAUGAUUUCGGUAUCUUCGGCCGACAUUGAGUCGAGUCGUGUGGGUGAAACAGAAAAGACCAUCCAAAACCUCUUUAGUCUAGCUCGCAAACUCCAUCCAAGCAUCAUUUUCAUCGACGAAGCGGACUCCCUCCUAAAGCGCAGGGAACCACACGACCACACGUGGGAGCGUGCUCGACUGAACCAAUUCCUUGCCGAAAUGGAUGGUCUCAAACAGGACAUGAACUCGCCGUUUGUUAUCCUGGCCACCAACCUUCCACAAGCACUUGAUGACGCCGUUCUCCGUCGCGUUCCUGCAAGAUUGUUCAUGGGCUUACCGCGGGCGCGGGCGAGGCGAGAGAUUAUUGCAAUCUGCCUCCGCGAAGACGUUGUUGCAGACGACGUGAACGUUGAUGACCUUGUACGACGCACCAAGGGUUAUACAGGCUCCGACCUGCAUACUCUGUGUGUCCAGGCUGCUUUGAUCUCAGCGGCCGAAUCCCAAGCGUCGAGGUCUGUUAACAACAUGACCGGGCUUAGUAGCAUACAGCGAGUUCACUUUGAAAAGGCACUGAGACGAUCAGCACCUACGAGCACUGGACACGCACUGGCUGCGAUCCGGGAAUUUGCCAAAGCAAGCGACCCACAAGCAUUGGCUCAGUUUACAGCGCCUGACAAUGAUGAGGUAGAACAAGCAUCGACAUCGGCAGAGCCUUCGUUGCCGCGCCAGAAGACGGGAAUCACGACCGGUACAUUGACACCUCCGGAUCAAAGUAUUGACAACGUAGGAGAUUCGGGGUCUGUGACAGAGGGUGAAGCCGCUUCUGACUUUGCAUCGCCUGAGUUCGGAGUCCCAGAAGCUCCAACAUCGCAUAAAACAACCUCUGCCUUGGGGCCGCUUUACACACCCCUGAAAAGCAACAGCCGACAAAUCAGAGUGCUAUCCAUCACGCCACAGUCACCCAAAACUGAGGACAGUUGGAUAGAGUGCAGGCUUGAGACGGUCGACCUCGAUGACAUGGAGGUGUGGUACCACGAGCUGCGGACCAUACUCCAAGCAAACGAUGGCGAGUUCCCAUUUGAUGUGACCAAAACACCUCCGGCAUGGAUUCUAGCGACAGCUGCAAACGAGCUGGCCAAGGAACAACCAAAAGACACUGAGAUGCACUGGGCAUAUGUUUUGGAAAAGUUCAACUCGAUCCCUGAGCUGAAGACGUUGAAAUCAGACGUACCAUUCGAAAGGUUGACAAGAUGGAAGGAGUUCGCUCCGAGAUAUGAAUGGGGGGACUACAUAGCUAUGAGUUAUACCUGGGUGAGCACUGUCAUCAUCGUCAGCUAUGCGGUAUUCACGCUGACACCUUUAUCUCAGGGACCUCCCGAACCUUCUCACACCAUCUUGGUGAAUAAUCACGAGGUACAAGUUGGUGGCAACCUUUACCAGAUGCUCUUGAGGCUCAGUAAGUCAGUAGAGGUCAAACAGUCACAUCUCAAGGUCUGGAUUGAUGCCCUCUGCAUCAACCAAAAUGACGACAAAGAAAAGGAGACCGAGGUGCAAAAGAUGGAUGUGAUAUACAGCAUGGCUCUGGCAGUUCGAGGGUGGAUAGGUACCCCGUCCUCGGCAACACCAGGGUCCCGUUUUGACACCGCUUACACAUUGGUGCGACAGUGGUUCAGUCAGCAUCAGGGAAUCCCCAAGUCUUACAUUUCCGACCCCACACUAUACCCUCAGUCACUACUUCGGUCGUUGCGAACUGUGGCCUUUGAGCUCAUCAGACUGCCGUACUGGAGUCGCACUUGGAUCACACAGGAGAUUGCGCUCGCUAAUUCUGUUUGUUUUUGGUACGGUGAUGACUACCUCUUUGUACCCGGAGAGAUAAAGCGAGCGCUCGAACCGUUUGUCGACUUUAGCUCGGCACUCAAUCAGCCAUCAGACUUGCACUUUAUGUGGGAUGACGGUGAGCUUGACUCCAGCUCUGAUCUCCCCUCGAUCCAGGAACAACGGAUGUUGUCUCAGCACGUCCAUCGAAUCUUUGUCAAGUUUGACCUUCGGGAGCUCCCCAGGGUUAAUAACACCGGACUUCUCAUCACGAUUUUGACUUUGGCCCAAGCAUCCGCCGCCACCGAUUUGCGCGACAAAGUCUAUGGGACACUGGCCCUGCUCCCCCUCUCCAUCAGAGACAGUGUCAAACCCAGCUAUGCAGAGUUUUAUGCGGCACUCGAUGCUUACGCAGACUUUGCUAAAGCCUGUAUCCUCGGCCUGGGCGAUCUAUCAAUAUGGACCUACCUAACCCGGUUACAGCCCCGUCCAGGGGGUAGCUCUCUACCGAGCUGGGCCAUCGAUCUCAGUAGUGAGGCGGACGAUGCUUUGGUUCAAGAACGUACGACCCCACCAUCACGUCCUGGUUCCCGCUUCAACGCCAACGCGGGAAAACAACAAUGUCCUGCCUUUUCUCACGACGGACGCAUCAUGUAUUGCGAGGGACUGAUCAUCGACUCCAUUGACACGUUGACGAUGUCGCCCUCGCGCGCAAGGGAAAUCACAUUACAGGAUUCGUAUUUCAACCCGUUGUCUUCAGUGACCAACCCCCCCGCUGCCCCGUCGAACAUGCCCAACGAAGAUGCCAGGACGGCUUUAGCACGCGUGCUGCACGCAGAACCCGAGUAUGACAUAUCCAAUCCAAGCUGUCUCCUCAAUCUGGCCUGGGGUCUAAAGGAAGAUCGUCCGCCAGACGGGCUCAACUGGCAAAGACUGGAAGCCAACAUCAAGGACGCUUCUGAACUAGCUCACGCCCACAUGUCCUUGUUGUGGUGGCGCGCCCUUCUCCAUGCCAACUUCGACUUUAUGAUCAAAGGGUGCCCACUGCACAGCUACUUUUCUUCAGGUGCGGCACAAGAGUUCCAACCACACGAGUACACGUACCAGGAUCUAUCUCAGACAUCUUAUCGAAGACUUUGCAUGACUUCAAAUGGUCGGGUUGGGAUGGUGCCAGGUCUGGCCCAAGCCGGCGACAAGAUUGUCGUUCUCUUUGCUUGCCAAAAGCCGGUGGUGGUUCGCCCCAAGGGGAAGCAUUACGAGUUCAUCGGCACCUGUUUUGUGGACGGGCUCAUGAGGGGGGAGGCCGUGGCUGAUAUGGAAAGCGGGGGCAAGCUCAAUCCUGAGAUGAUUUCUUUUUGUUAG